AUCAUUUCAAUAGAGCGCGGCGGCCUUUGCUGAGCUGAGGAAACCAAGUUCGCCUGCCAUUAGUACCGAUACACGGGACAUGCUGAAAUGAGUCAACCGGAGCCUGAGCCGGUACCAGAACCAGAGCCAACGGGUGCAGCCGAGCCAUGGAGUAACUCAUCCCUGGGCGAUUUUUACCCGGAGUGGGGAUGGAAUGUAACCGGCGAGGGGGAACCCGAACCGGAGGCUGAGCCCAGCUUCGGGCCGUGUGUUCAGGGGGUGCUGGUGGCGCUGGCCGUGCUGAUCAUCGUGGUCGGAUCUGUUGGCAACUCCCUGGUCAUUAUUGUAAUUGGGAAGAUGCGGGCAGGUCGGACAGUGACCGAGGUUUUCUUGACUUCCUUGGCCGUGGCGGAUCUCCUCGUUUGCAUGGUCUGUUCACCUCUACUCGUAGUCGGUAUCCUGGUGCACUCCGGUCACACCGGCGUCUCCUAUCGCGUGGAGCAAUUCCUCUUUUACUUCUCCUCCGUUGCCUCCAUCUUCAACCUGACAGCCAUCGCCUUGGAUCGCUACGACGCCGUGCUGCAUCCCAUGUCCCGGAGACUCACCCUCCAGCGAUGCAGGCCCGUCCUGGUGCUCAUCUGGGCUCUGUCUGCCGCCGUAGCUGUCGUCAUCUAUUUCAUGCCUAGUGAGUACGAGUUCAUCGUCUUGGCAAUCUGCUUCGCAUUCCCCUUCGCUGCUAUGGUGAUCAGCUACGCGCGCAUCCUUAGCGCCGCCAAGGCAGCUGAACGCAGAGCGGCUGGCAACAAAGAAUCAUCGAGGACCAAUACCAGCAAGACGGACAAGACAGUCAAGAUGGUGAUCAUCGUAGUGGUGGUGUUUGCCGUGUCUUGGAUCCCGAGUUUGAUCAGCAGGUUGCUCAAGUACGUGGUUCAGAUGACACCGGAGGAACUCAGCGUUAUGGAGGUCACCGCGUGUCUCAUCGCCUACGGCGGCAGCGCCCUCAACUUCCUGGUCUACGCUUUCAUGAGUCGACGGUUCAAGAUCGGCAUGUCGCAGCUCUUCAGAUGUCAUCGUUUCAUCCGGAAAGUCAACCCGGCUGAUGACGACAUCGGUAAAACCCGCAUGAAUUCGGCGAUGAUGGUGACAGUGCAGAACGCCAACACGACAAAACCCAUUGCGGCAAUUGACGAAAAGCAAAUAUACCAACUCGACUGAAGACAAGGCGCCAAAUGGUUUCCAAAUGGUCUCGGAAACAGACUGCAGCGAAAAACAUCGGAAUCGACGCUGAACGAGAAUCGAUUAUUAUAAAUCGAGACAUCAAGAAACCGAAAACUGAAAUAAGCAGAAAGUAACAGAAAUAACAUGACUGACUUGUAAAUAAAAAAAGGUAUAGCCGCUGUCAUACUAUACUGAGUUAUUAUAUCCAUUUGCAUUUCACUAUAAGCCUACGUUGCAAACUGUGUAAAUAUCAAUUAUGAAAGGAAUUGGAAGUAGGACGAAAUAAUUAGAUACAAACUUCUCCGAAGCUGACAGCCCCCUUUAGAAAAACAAACACAUUUCUAGUUUCACACUGACAAUAGAUGACCUAUAUAGUUAAUGGGAAACUCGUGACCAAUUCGUUUUCAUGUCUCUGCUCAUGCACUUAAAUGUCAGUCUGAGCCAUCGUGCGAACAUUUCAAGAGGUCUAAUUGCAAAUGGCUAAACAAACUUGCGGGAAGUGCCACGCGAGCUUUUAACGGACACGAUUGCCGUAUCGAGAAUAAACAGAACUAUAUUGAUUCCAUGCAUCAAAGUCAAACUGAUGUAGAGCGAAACACCAAGAUCCGCUACAAAUACAACGGGACAGCUUUCACCCGAAAGUGUUCAGCUAAAAGGUGUCAUAUAACUUAUUAGUGUAUGCCGCCUAUACGUAAAGGUAUAGACAGGUCCGUGUGGGCUCAAAAUAAUCCAUUUCAAGGAAACUGAAUAAGAUGUCCAAAUGUUGGUGCACGUAUUUAGAUAGGUCACACUGAUAAUAGCUAUCAUCUUAUGGGUAAAUAACAGUUAAAAAUCUACAACCAAUUUAGGCGCUGAAAUCAUGGAGUCCCAAAAUACCUUUGACAGAGGUAGUUCGCACUAUCUAUGGACUUUCGUUGUACAAGUAUAAAAAUGUUGCUAGUGAGUGUAGGUUUUCCGUAACAAAAUGGCAAACAACUUCCAUUCAGUAACUAUAUAGGUAGUCAAGUAAUUUAACAAGCUUACAUAUAUUUUUUUCAUGUAAGUUAACGCUUUAUUAAAAUACAUAUCAGAAUUAUGUAAAUUGGUAUAUUUCCAAAUUUAUGAGAUCUAGCACUACUGUUUCGAGGCACAAGCCAUAUCAGAGAUUGUGUAGUCUUCUUAAAAAGAGAUUAAAAACUGAGAUUAAACAGUGAGAUGUCCGAGUAUAAUUGA